AUGGCUGCAGUUACGGCUCCGGCUCCAACUUCUGCUCCACCUGCAGUUACCUCUCCCAAUCCCCCCGCCGUGCAAAAGUUCCGGGUGACGCCCCAUGAUCUACAAAUACUCGAGGGCACCGACACCCUCCUCCGCUGCGAGGUGUCCUCGCGCGCCGGCAAGGUCCAGUGGACCAAGGAUGGCUUUGCAUUGGGUUUUUCCGCUGUGAUUCCUGGUUUUCCACGCUACUCGGUCCUGGUGGAUGCCAAACAGAAUGCAUACAAUCUGCAGAUCAAGAAUGCCACGCUCGAGGAUGAUGCAGAGUAUCAGUGCCAGGUGGGUCCGGCGGCUGGGAAUCCAGCCAUACGGGCAAAUGCCAAGCUAAGCAUCGUUGCGGCACCGAGUAGCAUCGUCAUCGAAGGUUAUGCCAGGAAUGCCCGGGUGGAGGUGGAGGAGCGACAGAAUCUAACGCUGCACUGCAUCGCUGAGAAUGCCAAUCCGGCGGCGGAGAUUGUGUGGUUUCAGGGCGAUGUGCCAGUACAGAGUGCGCCCAUUGUCUCUGUGAAUCAAACGGCCCCGAAGCGUUUUACCACCAGUUCCACGCUGCACCUGCAACCCACCUCCGAGGACGAUUACAAGGAGUUCUCCUGCGAGGCCCGUCACAAGGCCCUGCCCCCCGAUGUCCCCAUGCGUGCCCAGGUGCAGCUCUCUGUGCUGUAUCCACCCGGAGCACCGUUCUUCGAAGGCUAUAGCCAAAGUGAGAGCCUUAAUCGCGGCCAGGAUGUGCAAAUCGCCUGUCGCAGUCGUGGCGGGAAUCCCCCGGCUCAAUUGACUUGGUAUCGAAAUGGUGUGGCCGUCAGUUCACCGCAACGAACCUCGGGACGUCUAUCGGAGAACGUGUACAAGUUCACCGCUGCCGCCGAGGACAAUGGAGCCAAUUUGGUAUGCGAGGCUAAGAAUCUACUGGCACCCACGCCCCUUCGAGCCGAACUCAAUCUGACGGUGUUGUAUGCCCCCAAAGAUGUUUAUCUAAGCGGCGCUAGCCAAGCCAAGGUCGGCGAUUCCGUGCAAAUGAGCUGUGUGACUGCCCCCUCGAAUCCUCCAGCCCGCAUCAGUUGGUCCCUAAAUGGUCGUCCUUUGGCCAAUAGCACCUACAAGACCACCAGCAGCUCCGAUGGCGGCUGGGUGAGCAGCUCCAACAUUAGCCUGAACAUAGAUUCCCAGAGCAGAACCUUCAUUGCCGUUUGCCAUGCCCUAAACACGGAGCUAACGCAGAAUGUUGUGGGCUCACACACUGUGAAUGUGCUGUAUCCCCCUUCGCCACCCUUGUUAACUGGCUACAAUGAUGGCGACAUCCUCAUUUCCGGUUCCAUAUUGAAACUGCAAUGCAGCUCUGCUGGCGGCAAUCCACCUCCUACCCUCCAGUGGUACAAGAACGACAAGAGACUGAAUGCUCCGUCCAAGCUGGUGGACAGUAAGAUUACCUCCGAGCUGUCCCUCCUGCUCAAUGCCUCCGACAAUAAUGCCAUCUACAAGUGUGAGGUUCAGAAUGCCGCUAUAGAUAUACCCUUAUUCGCUACCAAGACUUUGGGUGUGCACUUCCCCCCUGAGACGGUCAAGAUCAGUGUGGUGCCCAAGAAUUUGGUGCCUGGCAUCCGGGCCAAACUUGUGUGCGAUUCCAGCUCUAGUAAUCCUCCAGCCAAAAUCAGUUGGUGGAAGGAUGGCAUUCCCGUUGAGGGUUUGAACCUGGCCAAUCGUCCUGGUCUUUGGGGUGGUUCAGUGUCCACCCUGGAGAUGUAUGUGAAUAUAACCCAGGAUCUGGAUGGCAUUAUCUACACCUGUCAGAGUCACAACGAAGUGUUGCAACGCAGCGUGCACGAGACCAUUAGCUUGGACAUACUUUGUGAAUCCCCCAAGUUCGAUACUGCGCAGACCACAACCUUCGUGGGCGUUGAGGGGGCGCCAUUCCAUGUGGAGCUGCUGGCCAGCGGAAAUCCCAUGGCCAUUAGCUAUACCUGGACCAAGGACGGUUUACCCAUUAGCAGCAAUAGUCUGAGCGGUCAGCGAUUGAUCUCCGAUGGACCGCGUCUCAACAUUAGUCGUCUCAGUCGCAAUGAUGCGGGUAUCUAUAUCUGUGAGGCUCUCAAUAGCCAAGGCACUGCUCUGUUGGAGGUCCAGGUGGCCGUGGAAUACGCACCCACCAUUACGGCAGUGAGCGAGGGUCGCAGCUUUGUGGCUGGUGAGCCGGCUGUCUUGGCUUGCCACAUCCAGGCCCAACCUCUGGAGGCUGCCCAUGUCCGCUGGUCAAGGGAUGGCUAUGAUUUGGCGUCGCGCACCAUGGCCAGUUUUGAGAAUGGAACUGCCUUGCUCCAAAUAGCCAGCGUAGAGCGCAGCGAUAUAGGAAACUUCACCUGUAUUGUGGACAACCAAAGAGGAGCUCCAGCGGCUCAGAAUGUUCUCCUAGUUGUGCAAACUGCCCCUGAAAUCGAUCACUCCCCCAAUUUCACCCGCUAUGCCGCUCGCCUGGGCGUUCGUGCUCAGCUCAUCUGCCGAGCUCUGGCCGCCCCUCAGCCCAAUUUCAUCUGGCGUCGCAAUGGCAAGGAUCUCAAGAUGCAGCGACGCAACAAGUUCAAGAGUGUGGAGCGUCAAGUGGAUCCACUGAACUAUGAAUCUGCUUUAUUAAUCGAAAACACCUCAGUGGAUGAUUACGGACAGUACGAGUGCGUGGUUAGGAAUGCCUUGGGACAAGCCAGCACUACGCUGGAGUUCAGCAAACCCACCCGGCCGGAUACUCCUCUCCAGCUAAGAGUGGGUAACGUGAGUGAUACGGGAGUGGAACUCAACUGGACCCCAGGAUUCGAUGGUGGAAUGCAGACCUAUUUCCGACUGAGGUUAAAGCAACAUGGUGAGGAGAAGUACAAGUAUGUGGAUGCCAAGCCAGGAUUCCUCAACAUAUCCCUGGAUGGCCUAAAGCCUGGAGCCACCUAUUACUUCUCCGUGAUGGCAGCCAAUGAAGCAGGUGGCAGCAAGUUCAUGCCCGACAUCAAGCUAACCCUCAGCAAGGGCUCCCAGCCACAUUCGGCAGAGUACACCGAAAAGGAUGAGCUGCCCAAUGUGAUGAUCAUUGGAAUCACCUCGGCUGCAAUGGUUCUCUUGGUGCUAAAUGCCGCCCUGGUGGCCUGGUUCGUCAUCCGACGACAGAACAAGUCCCAAAGUGAGGCAGAGCCCAGCAACGAUGAUGUCUACUCCAAGGAUGACAAUCAGUCUGUUUAUAAGCUGCCCAUCACUGCUUUGCAGGCGGAUGUUCAGAAGAAGGCAGCCGCCUCCACCUACCUCGUGGAGAAUGUGGACAUUAUCCAGUCGACGGCAUAUCCGCCCAAGUACCAGGAGAGCUCCAUGUGCACCCCGCCCUAUCCGCUCUGCAAUCCGGACUUUACCCGGACCCUGCCCAAUCCCAAGCGCCACAGUCAACGGAACAGUGCCACCGGCAUGAUCGAUGGCAUGCCUAUGCGCUCCAAGGAUGAUCAUAUGCUGAUCUCUAAUGGGUUGUACAUCCCAUCACCAUCGCCUGCCUCCUCGCUGGUGAUCAAGGGCAGCUACAUAUCGUCACCAUCGCCGGCGCCGCCAGCUGAUGGAUCAUACUUCAAUAUGAGCGAUAAAUAUAUGUCCUAUCCCCCAGUGACCUACUAAGCAUCGUGCUGAGCGUGAAUGACAGCCACAGACAGCCCAACCCAGCCGAAUCUCAAGCUAGACUGAUUGACAUCACAUCAUUCAUAAUCACAGGCAGAAGAAUAUAUAUAUAUAUAUAUAAACAUAUAUAUUUAUAUGGAGAGAAGCGGAAAUGGAAUAACGACAA